AUGUCCGACCACGACAAGAAAUCCCAGCCAGACCCCUACACCGAAGAACGAAUCUCCCCAGCUUUGAGCGCAGACCUAGAUGCUAGCUACGAAGCCUACAAAAGCCAUGGAGGUUCGCCAAUCGACCCGGCCGAAGCGAAAAGAGUGUUACGCAAGAUCGAUAUGCGGAUUGUUCCCAUCCUAUUCGUCGUCUACCUCCUCCAAUACCUCGACAAGAACUCGUUGAACUUUGCCGCAGCCUAUGGAUUUCAGAAGGGCACGCAUCUGCAUAAACAACAGUAUUCUUGGUUGGGAUCCAUCUUCUACUUUGGAUAUCUAUUCGCACAAUUUCCAGGUGGCUGGUUGUUGCAGAAACUGCCCAUUGCGAAGUUUCUUGGUACGACGACUAUCAGUGAGUAA